ACGCGCGCUCGGCCUCAGCUCCGCUCCGCACGUCGCGCACCCCCGCUCGCAGCCCGCAAAUGGUCUAGCCCGUCCGUAGCCACCACCUCCUUAGGCAGCGACAGCUGCUCCAGCUGCUGGGGGUCGAGCGCCGGAGCCCGAGCAGUGGCUGCCUCGGGCGGUAGGUGGGCGGAGGGGAGCACCAGACCGCCAGCUCAGGCUGCGGCCGGGGGCGGACGCCCGCGGGACACCGGGACGCGCGGGAGCCGCAGACAGACCGCCUGUGGCGGGGAGGCGAGGACCCGGCUGGGCUUUUCUCACUCGGUCCGUACAGGUAUCUUCUUGUUCCAUAACUUCAGUGCCCUGAAAUCUGAGCAUUCCACGAAGAUAAUAUGACAGGAACUUUCAGUGGUUUUGAGCCAUAUCCUACUUAGACUAAUGUGGACCUUCCAGAUUUCCUGAGAGCUUGGUACAGAGCACACAGUGUUUGCUAAUCGACUCAGGCAAUAAUGCCAUCUCUGCCUCAAGAAAGAGUUAUUCAGGGACCCUCUCCCCUGGAUCUGAAUACAGAAUUGCCUUAUCAAAGCACAAUGAAAAGGAAAGUCAGAAAGAAGAAAAAGAAGGGAAUAAUUACAGCAAAUGUUGCUGGGACAAAGUUUGAAAUUGUUCGUUUAGUAAUAGAUGAGAUGGGAUUUAUGAAAACUCCAGAUGAGGAUGAAACAAGUAACCUUAUAUGGUGCGAUUCUGCUGUUCAGCAGGAGAAGAUUGCAGAGCUGCAGAAUUACCAGAGGAUCAACCAUUUUCCAGGAAUGGGGGAGAUCUGUAGGAAGGAUUUCUUAGCAAGAAAUAUGACCAAAAUGAUCAAGUCCCGGCCUCUGGAUUAUACCUUUGUUCCUCGAACAUGGAUCUUCCCUGCUGAAUAUACACAAUUCCAGAACUAUAUGAAAGAAUUGAAGAAAAAAAGGAAGCAGAAAACUUUUAUAGUAAAACCAGCUAAUGGCGCUAUGGGUCAUGGGAUUUCUUUGAUAAGAAAUGGUGAUAAACUUCCAUCUCAAGAUCAUUUGAUCGUUCAAGAAUACAUUGACAAGCCUUUCCUAAUGGAAGGUUACAAGUUUGAUUUACGAAUUUAUAUUCUGGUAACAUCGUGUGAUCCACUGAAGAUAUUUCUUUACCAUGAUGGACUUGUGCGAAUGGGAACAGAGAAGUACAUUCCACCUAAUGAAUCUAAUUUGACCCAGUUAUAUAUGCACCUGACAAACUACUCUGUGAACAAGCACAAUGAGCAUUUUGAAAGAGAUGAAACGGAAAACAAAGGCAGCAAACGUUCCAUCAAAUGGUUCACAGAAUUCCUACAAGCAAAUCAACAUGAUGUUGCUAAGUUUUGGAGUGACAUUUCAGAGUUGGUUGUUAAGACUCUGAUUGUAGCAGAGCCUCAUGUCCUGCAUGCCUAUCGAAUGUGCAGACCUGGUCAACCCCCAGGAAGUGAAAGUGUCUGCUUCGAAGUCCUGGGAUUUGAUAUUUUGUUGGACAGAAAACUAAAACCAUGGCUUCUCGAGAUCAAUCGAGCUCCAAGCUUUGGAACUGAUCAGAAAAUAGACUAUGAUGUGAAAAGGGGAGUGCUGCUAAAUGCACUGAAGCUACUAAACAUCAGACGAAUUUAUCCUCCUGAAGAUAAAACCCUGCUUGAAAAGUAUGAAAAUUUGUUGGCCGCUGCCUUUCAGACCUUCCUUUCGGGAAGAGCAGCUUCAUUCCAGCGAGAGCUGAACAACCCUUUAAAAAGGAUGAAGGAGGAAGAUAUUUUAGAUCUCCUGGAGCAAUGUGAAAUUGAUGAUGAAAAGUUGAUGGGCAAAACUGCCAAGCCUCGAGGACCAAAGCCUCUGUGUUCCAUGCCUGAGAGUACUGAGAUGGUGAGAAGACAGAAGUACUGCAGUAGUGACAGCAGUUAUGAUCAUAGCAGCAGCUCUUCAGAAUCCGAUGAAAAUGAAAAAGAAGAGUACCAAAAUAAGAAACGAGAAAAGCAAGUUACUUAUAAUCUUAAACAGUCCAACCACUACAAAUUAAUGCAACAACCCAGCUCCAUAAGGCGUUCUUUCAGUUGCCCUCGGUCAAUCUCUUCUCAAUCACCUUCCAGUGUGGACAUCCGCCCCUUUUCUGCUCAACAAAUGAUAUCACCACCCCGGCCAAUUUCAGGGUCUCGGUCACAUUCCUUAAACCGUGCUUCCUCCUACACGAGGCAUCUGCCUCCUAGUAAUGAUGCCAGCUCUACGAACUCUCAGAGUGAGUCUUUGCGGCAACUGAGAACAAAAGAACAAGAAGACGAUCUAACAAGUCAGACCUUAUUUGUUCUCAAGGAUAUGAAGAUCCGGUUUCCAGGCAAAUCAGAUGCAGAAUCAUUACUUCUGGUGGAAGAUAUCAUUGAUAACUGGAAGUAUCAUAAAACAAAAGUGGCUUCAUAUUGGCUCAUAAAACUGGACUCUGUAAAACAGCGAAAAGUUUUGGACAUAGUAAAAACAAAUAUUCGUACAAUUCUGCCACGUAUCUGGAAGGUACCUGAUGUUGAUGAACUAAAUUUAUAUAGGAUUUUUAACCGGGUUUUUAAUCGCUUACUCUGGAGUCAUGGCCAAGGAUUGUGGAACUGUUUCUGUGAUUCAGGAUCCUCUUGGGAGAGUAUUUUCAAUAAAAGCCCAGAGAUGGUGACUCCUUUGCAGCUCCAGUGUUGCCAGCGCCUGGUGGAGCUUUGUAAACAGUGCCUGCUAGUGGUUUACAAAUAUGCAACUGACUCAAGAGGAUCACUCUCAGGCAUUGGUACCGAUUGGGGUAAUUCCAGGUAUUUACUACCAGGAAGUACACAAUUCUUCAUGAGAACACCAACCUACAACUUGAAAUACAAUUCACCUGGAAUGACUCGCUCCAGUGUUUUGUUUACACCCCGAUAUGGCCAUUUAUGAAACAGAAGGGAAGCUCGCCAUGGGUUAUGCAUAAUAGCAAUUCAUUUCCCCCCUAAUUUAAACAUGCAAAGAAAGCGACCAUUAAGUGCUGUUUUAUGUAUAUAUGACAUAUAUAUUUGUGAAAUAUACACACACAUGCACUCAACAUGUAUAUUUAUUAUUAUAUGAUAGAAGAAUUAGUAGAAAAUGGAUAUAAGACUUAACCUUUCUGGAAAUGUAAUAAACCAUGUUAAUAUUGUUUACAAAAAUAUGUGAAUGUCUAGAAUUUGCUAGGUUUAUAAUUAAUACCUUCCUACUAGAAAUGUUAUUUUUGCUGCAGAGUAUAUAAAACAGAAUUGAUCUGAAGAUCCCAUUACAGUGUUAAAUUAUUUUCUAGAUAACACAUCUUUUGACUUGAAAAAGCAUUAAUAGUAUAAUACCAUAUUAAUUCUCUUAUGUGUAGUAGCCAUUUAAAAUGAAAGAAAAAUUAGAAGCCUGAUGUUGUUGAUGAUAGGAUUAAGUAUAAAACGGGUUUAUCAUUACUAUGGCACACUAUAAAGUACUAUAAAAAUCCCAACCCGAUUCUUCAAUAUUUUGAUUCCUCAUUGUGGAAAUUUAGCUACUUAUUAUAAUGUACAUUUUCAGUAAGGAUCUGGUAAGGUCACAUUAUGGUCUAAAAUGGAAGACAAUCCAGUUCGUUAAAAAUAAAACAUAAAUUAGCUUUUAUUUUUACUUUUCAUCAGGAGUUACAUAAAGAAACAAAAAAAUGAUGAUGAUGACAAAAAUCUUUUCAUAUAAUUUUUAUAUCUGAUACCACUCACUUAUAUUUGGAAAGUAUAUCUCCAUGGGUACUUAUGGUCAAAUAUAACUUUUUCUGUUCUUCAGAAGUAGACGAGUUGACAUUUAAAACUCAUUUCAAUAUUAUGGGAUAAUGCGUCACAAUUAUCUUAUAAGUUUUUCAAUUUUGAGACCAAUAUAUAUUGCAAGGUCUAACACAGAGUUUCAUAUUGCACCAUAGAAAAUAAAUUGCUGCAAAUAGAAGAUUUUGAUUACUAGGUAUUAUUAGUCAUGGUGCACUCUUGAGAAUUUUUUAAAUCAAAAUAGAGUGUGAAGUUCCUUUUUGUUCAAAGUUAUUAUGCAUAAGUUUCAUAGCAGUUCACUUCCUUUUUCUUACAGUUUCAAAAACAAUGAGUGAGCUUUCAGUUUUCCAUGAAAAUAUAAACAAACACUAUCAUUGACAUGGAAAUCCUUAGAAAUUGCAAUAUUCACCUUUUAGAAGUUUGUUUAAACUUCUCGCAAAAGUUUUAUUUUCUCACAGAUGCUAAUUAUUUACAAAAUUCACGAAUGUUUUAUCUCCAUUCAUUACAUGAAAAGCUAUUUCCAGUAAAUCAAGAAAUGGCCCCAAAGCAGAAGAACUGAGAAAGGCAAACUGGCCUGGUUUAAUUAACAAGCUGGAUAAUUGGCAACCCAAAGUUGUAAGUUAGGUAUACUUUGCUUUUAAGUCCAUAUUCUGAGACUAUCUUAGGCUAAAAUAGGUUAUUUCCUAAAUAAUUGCUAGCCAUUUGAUUCUUUAUGACUACUUAACAUCCAUAUUCCAAUAGAUACCUUUUCUUGCUAGAUGUAUCCCAAAGAAGAAUUUAUUGUCCUGCUGGCAAAAGAGAAGAAAAAUGUCAGGAUGAAGUAAAUUACUGUGUGAGCGUUUAUGACUCCAUUUUGUGAAAUCUUAAAUAUGUUAUAGAUUUUUCAUAAUGUAAACAUUGGAAUAUUACAAAAUCAUUAUAAGAAUGAUCAGCAAGUAGACAUUUUCAUGGAGUAUUUUUAGUCAUUUUUCUUUUACAUUCACAAUUUGUCCAUGAAUAAGACACAAUUUCAAAUGUCUGGUAUAUGCUAUCAACAGUUUGUUGGCCAUUCACUUGCAUUAGUUUAAAUAAAAAUGGUUAUUUAAUUUGCUAGUGUGGGUAGUUUGGGGCUUCUAUCCUUAGUUAUACAACAGUAAAAUUUUUAUUUAAGACAAAAAGAAGAAUGUUCAACAUGGAGAUGAGCCCUCUCCCCCUAGAACAAAACACAAGCGUGCGCGCGCACACACACACACACACACACACACACACACACAAAUUUAAAGUUCAAGAUUAAAUUUAAAUGUAUGAAACUACCCAACUAAUUGAUUAAAAAUUUUCAUUUCUGUAGCUAUUUGUCUGCCUUUUUGUGAGCACUAGAAUUUUAUUGUCCACAUUUGCCUAUUUAUACUGAUCUAGUUUGAUAUGAUGGAGUUUAUGAAUAAAGCCAUGUACUCAUUAUUUAUGUAUACUGCCUGUAUGCGGUGGUCUAUGGUUGCUGUAGUGCUGAUUUUCUAAUGAGAAACUAAGAAGAUGCAGUAAUAAACUGUGGAAGUCUCUAGAGACCGUAGAAAUGUUAUACAGGUAUAAAAUAUUCUGUAGUUUUUAUUAUAGAAUUUUUAUUCAUGGGGUUAAAGCAUAUCAGUAUAAGUGAUAGUGUAUGGGUCUGACUCUUUCUUGUAGGAGAGAAAAUAACUUUAUCUGAAAAACUCCAGAUGCUAUUCAGUCUUACGAAGAGUUUUUAAUAGGGAAUUUGGUUUACUUAUGAUGAAAGCAUAUUUUCAUUCUGUUAAUAAAAAUAUCCUUGAUCAUUCUGUAAAUCUAAGAUUGGCAUGCUUCCUAGAAAUGUGUAUGAUUGGAAUGAUUUCCAGAAUUACAUCGAAAGCAGCCUUUUUGUUUUAAAUCAUUAUCUAUGAGCAUAGUAUGAGAUUGCAGAUUUAAUAAUCCAGCGUUGUAGAUUAGUUGCCAUUUGUUAUCUGUUGAAGGAAAUACUGUGAUUAUUUUUUACUAGCAACACAUUUAAUUCUACUAGCAUUUCAAUUACCUUGUAUGUAUAAAAAUGAAUUUACAGCAGGAUCAAAUGUGGAAAUGGCAGUAGUAACCUCUGCAUAGAAUGUAGUUGGAUAUCCCUGGUUAUCUAUAAGAUGCAAAGAUCUAUACUAAUUUUUUGUAGGUCUAAAUACACACAAGGUUUCUACUAAUUCCUCCUCCC